AUGUCUUCUCCCGCGACCGCCCCCGACAAGGAGACCCUGAAGCUCCUCCUCCCUCUCCGCUAUGAUGGCAAAACCGUCAUCGAGUGCGACAGGUUCCUGUCGCAACUCCGCAUCUACUGGUUGAUCAAUAUGUCGUUGACAACCAUCGAGCUGAAGGUGCAGGUUGCGCUUAGCCUGCUCGAUGGAGAUGCCCGCGCCUGGGCCACUCCAUACUUCGCCCAACUCGCAUCGGUGCAGAUGGGUGUACAAGGGGUCACAACCCCCUUCAGGGACGAAGCGGCCUUCACCGCUGCCUUCAAGGCCCGCUUCGGAAAUCUCGACGACGAAGCAGCAGCACAAGUAGAGCUGGCGAAGCUCUGCGCGGACAAGUCGGUCCGCGAAAAACGCACCGCUGCGGAAUUCUCCGCGCUAUUCAAGGGUCCGGCGGACCGUUCCGGGUAUGGGGACCUGGAACUACGCGACAAGUACCUGAGCGGCAUCCCCUCCCACGUCUAUCGCAAGAUCGAACUCGAGACCUUUACCACGUGGCGAGCAGCUGAGAAGCGCGCCACUGAGGUCGAGCAGAUUCUCGACAUUAGCCGGGCCCAUUGGCCUGAGUUGAACAACUUCUUCUCGGCCCGAGGUCGAGGACACGGAGGGGCACGUGGUGGUGCACCUCAGUCACACGGAGCUUCGGCCAGCAUCAAUGCGGCCGUUGGAAAAGGAGACUUCCCGGGCAGUUGUUUUGGCUGCGGGAAGCAAGGGUACCGUCAUUUCGAGUGCCCUAACUGUAAGGACAAACCUUACACGAAACGCGCUGAUGCGCGGGCUACGGUUGCCUCGGGUUCCACCCAGGCGGCGACAAGCGCCCCCAUCGCUUCAUCCUCAGCGAGUACAAGCACCGCUUCAGCGAAAUCGGAUAGUUCGGAGCUGGCGGACUUGAUAGCACAGAUGAAGUCGAUGCGUGAGGAACUGGAGCACUAUCGAGCGCUCAAAGAAGAGUCUUUUUGA